AUCAAAUUUGAAUAGUUCUACCAGUACGCGUGGGUCUUCAGUGGACGAAAGACGUCUGUGGAAACGUGGAGCAUAUUCCGUUGAGGCACGUGGUGGUUUGUCGAAGCAUGAAAUUGCAUUAAAAUGGGAUUCUAAUAGUACAAACGUCGGUUAACUUAAUAAAAAUGAGACCUCAUCGCUCUGCUGGCGUUAUGGUAGUUUUGCUGAUCCUUUCGCACCAGUUAGUCUUCAUCGAGUGUCGGAGAGGCAAGUUCCCAGCCGGUGCCAGAAAACGCUCCCAGCGCACGGUUCCUCGCGAUUCUGCGGAGGAUAUCGGCGCUUCGGAUGAGGUGGACGAUGACGGACGAGUAUACAAGAAUCCGCGCAACUCACCUUCGGCUCUUUGUCCGCGGGACGAGGAACAAGCCACGUUGCUGGGGCAAAAGUGCCUGAGGAAAUGCUCGUCGGAUGAAGACUGCAAAAGCAAGAAAAAGAAAUGCCUCUGUGAUGCAGCGUGUGGAAUGAGUUGUAUCAAACCAGAGCGGGAGUGUGGCGAGCUGACAAGUCCGGCGCUGGGGUCUGUGUCCCUUUCUGGGCGCUUCUUUGGUGACCGUGCCACCUACAGCUGCGAUUUGGGCUUCCACGUGGUGGGUCUCAAGGAACGGACAUGCCAGGCGGAUGGCACGUGGUCCGGACAUUCGCCUGCCUGCAAGCAGAACAUUUACUGCACGGUCCCCCCACACAUUGAGCAUGCAAGGCACAACACUCUGCCAGAACAGACGACCUUUGACCUGGACAGCACCCUGCAUUAUCAGUGCUAUCAUGGCUACGUAACUAAUGGUUUCCCCACAGCCAAAUGUUUGGCAGUUGUUGGCGUGGCUUCUUGGUAUGGCCCGGACAUAUCCUGUGUUCCAAGGUUAUGUGGCCCACCUGCCGACGUAUCACAUGGCUGGCAUGCUGGGGAGUGCUACACUUACGGAUGUCGAGUUACUUAUCACUGUGCCGAUGGCUAUGAAUUGGUUGGGCGGUCUGAUCGUCACUGCCAAGAUGAUGGAACCUGGAGUCCCAAGGAGUUACCAGCCUGCGUGCUGGUUACAGCCGUGCAGUGCCCUACCCCUGAGAAUCCUAGCAACGGGAAAGCCAUUUUUACAUCUUGCAGCUACAAUUCAGUAGUAUCGUAUGAAUGCAAGUAUGGGUACACUCUUGUUGGAGAGCCUACACGAAGAUGUGGAGCAGACAAAAGGUGGUCAGGGGUAAUGCCACAGUGCAAGGAGAUUAACUGCGGUCACCCUGGCCCUCUGUACAAUGGUUGGCUUGAGAAUAUUGAGGCUGGAACUGGUCUUGGAGCCAGUAUAAUCUUCCGGUGCCAUGAAGGCAUGAAGCUGAUAGGGAAGACAUCAUCUGUAUGCCAGAUAGAUGGGCACUGGCGCUAUCCACUGCCUCUUUGUCUUGCUCCAUGUGUGGUUCCUCGUAUUCAGCAAGGUCGUGUGGUAUUGUUGACUCAUUCCAACAAUACCUCUAUAUCAGACUCACCGCAGCUUGUUCAGCAUGGUGAGAAGUUAAGUGUGGAUUGUGAACAACGUUAUGAAUUUCUUGCAGCCAACAGUACACCAGUGGAAUGCAAUAAUGGUACUUGGACACACAUUCCACGAUGUGAACCAGCUCGGUGUAAACGGAUGCCAAAAGCUCCUCGUAAUGGGAUGGUAAUUGCACCUAAAACAGAGCAUGGGAUGAGAGCAAGAUUCAAAUGCAAGGAUGGAUACACUCUUCUGGGGGAUAAUAUAACAAAAUGUUUAUUUGGUAACUGGACUGGUGUCCAACCAUAUUGUCAAGAGGUUUACUGUCCAUUUCCGGGUUAUAUUGAGAAUGGAAGGGUGAUGUUGGUUGGAAAUAUGGGCGUGUAUGAUUAUCGUCCAUAUGUUCGAAAGGUGACAAACAACAAACAGAUAAUGUAUGAGUGUGAGCGUGGUUAUGUUUUGACUGAUGGCCCACCUGGUGCAACAUGUAUUGGAGGAAGGUGGAGUCCUAAACAACUUCCCAGAUGUGUGCCUGGUAUGCACCCACGCCUGCGGUGGAGCCGAUCAGUCCAUGCCAGACGAGCACUUCUCAUGGCACACAAUCAAUCACGUCAGCAACUGUGGCAGCGAGAUCGCCAGAGGCGUAACAAAAAGGGGCGCAAAGCAAAGAAAAGGGGUGGCAAGGGGAAAGCUGGACCCUGUGAAGUAAUAUCAGAAGAAUCAUUUUUAAACAUAGAAGUGUUAAAAGCAGGACGAGAUCCUAAUCAGACAUUCUCACCUGGAACUGUUAUUAGGGUUUCCUGUGGAAAGGGAUAUGGCCUCAACAUAGGAACCAAUGUCACAGCAAAAUGUGUCAGAGGGCAAUGGAAACCUUCCAAACCUGAAUGCCUCAUCUUGCCUUGCCAUGUCCCAGUAACAGAGAAUGGUAUCUAUAAGCUUAAUUCAAGAGAGGGUGGAAGUCAGAGUGCUUUGUUAAAUGAGUCAUCAACAAUAGAAAAUGGGGAAGUUGUGGAAUUCUCGUGUAAACAUGGGUAUAAUGUCCAAGGACCAAGUAAUCUCCGAUGCUGGCAUGGCAAGUGGGCUAUCACAUCUUUGCCAGACUGCACACCAGCACCAUGUGAGCUGCCAAUGAUAACCAAUGGACAGUAUCUCUCUGGCUACAGAGCAGGACUCACCAUAGCAAAUGGCUCAUCAGUAACAUUCCAGUGUGAUAGUGACUACAGCAAGUCAACAGGUCAACCCAUAGAAUGUAUUCUGGGGGAGUUGCGGCCCCGUGUACCAGCGUGUAGGCACCACACACUUCCCAUCAUAACGCACAGCAAUGGCAGCAGCAAACAUCUUGAGACAAAUAUGCAAUUCAAGGGUGGCAGUGACAUAACGAAAGGAGGAGAUAUUGGUGUAAUUGACUUUCCUGCAGGAUUCAGGAGGACUUGUGGUCCACCAGCUAGAGUUCAGGGUUCACUGGUAUACAGGGAUGGAGAACCAAUUGGGGAGACUGACAGGAGUUUUCCAGAUGGUACAGAAGUCACUUUUAACUGCAUAGCUAGCAUCAUGGGUGAGAAGACAACGUGGAGGAUUAUUUGUGAAGAUGGAAGUUGGGUUGGGAGAUCUCUCAACUGUGAAGGUGAAGAUGUACUAGAUGGAGUGGGGAUUCUACGAAAUAGUACAUGUAUAUUUCGGAACACAGAACCUAAUGUUGUGUCAUUCUACAAUGAUCAGCAGAUCACUGAAGAAGUUGUGGAAUUUCCACCAGGCUCCUUGCUGGUUUCAAGAUGUGUUGAUAUUGGGAAAUACUCUAUGAUUGGCUCUAAUCGUCGCCGUUGUGUGGGUGGUGAAUGGGAUGGCCAGAAGCCUGUGUGUUUUGGGCUGAACCAGGAAAAUGAUUAUGCAUUUUUUCUUCCUGCAGUGGAAAAACCACCAACUAUCUUAUUUCGUCAUCAGUUGGGACCAAUUGCACAGAGCAAUGAUGGGCGGCUAAUUGUAUAUCCAGGAACGAUUGUGCACAUGGAAUGCCUGUGGAUACGGAGGUUUGGCACCCCCAAGUGGGUUAUCAGCCACAAUUAUAGAAAAUAUCCUGAAGGCUGGACAACUGAUCCAGGGCGCGAUUCACAGCUGGAGUACCGCCUAAGUAUAUAUCAUGCCAGCAGAGAUGAUUCUGGAGUGUUCACAUGUGUUACUCCUACUAGACACACACAUGCAGUAGAAAUACUUGUGAAAGCGGUGCACUGUCCAAUGAUUCCGCCUCGUCGUGGCAUGAAUCUCAGCACUCUGAAUACCAAGAUGAACACAAGGGUGUUACUGUCAUGUGCUAAUGGCAAUUCUUUGAUUGGUGCACCAGAAAUCACAUGUUUGCCCUCUGGAAAUUGGAGUGCACCUAUUCCCAUUUGUGAAAGUAUUGAAUGUGCAGAUCUUGUAAAUUUAACGGACCCACAUCUCCGUGUGUCAAUCCUAAGCAGAGAAGUGGGUGGUCGAGCUGUGUUCAGCUGUGCCCAGGGAUAUGGGUUGCGUGGGCCACAUGAAGCUGUGUGUCAGCACACAGGAGACUGGGCUUCUCCUCUACCCACUUGUCAAGAAGUGCAAUGUGAUACUCCAGGAACACCAGAUAAUGGUUAUAUUCAAGGCAGUGGGCCAUACAAGGCUGGAGAUGUGAUACAGUUCAACUGCAACCCAGAAUUCAUGAUGGAGGGACAGCCAAUCAUAGCAUGCCAGGAGAAUGGGAGAUGGUCAGGGACUGUACCCAAAUGUAUGCAGGCUUGCUCCUACCCUGGUACUACUAUUAGUGGGCGGAUGUCAGCUGUUAAAUUCUACUACAAGAUUGGGGAAACCAUCACAUUUACAUGUGAUGAUGGUUUGGAAUUAAGAGGAGCACCAAUGCUGCGAUGUCUCCGUAAUGGGAAGUGGUCUAAUGCUAUCCCCACAUGUGUCACUAACUCAUCAACUACAGUAGCAGCAACUACCACAAGAUAAUGCCUUUAUAGAAUAAAAUGUUCAGAGAUACUCAUCUGUAUUUUUCCAGUUCAGAGCUCUUGAAUGUCAGCAAUGGAAUUCCUUUCCCUUUAUUGUAUGCUUUUUUAAGAUUUAUGAAUAAAGGCUUCUUUAUAGUUACAUUUACAAUGAAA